AUGAAUAAAGGAAUAAGCUCGCAAGAUUAAGAUUAGCAAAUAGUUGAAACAACUAAUUUUAGUUAUUUUAAUACAAGGAGUUUUUAAAAUUUUAGCAAUUUGACUUAGAAUUUAAAUGAAAAACUCGUUAUGCUACAAAAUAAUUUGCAGGAAUCAAUUUAAACAGCUUCAAUUGAAUAUAAUUAACUAAGUUCUCAUAGUUUAAAAGCACUUACAAGAUUAGAAGAAGUUAAGAAAUUUGAGAUUGACCCACUGCUUAAUUAAAAGUAAAGCAAAAUUAAUAAUUUAAGUAGAAGUAAUGAACAUUAAGUUAAUAUAAAAAGAUAACUUAUUAGUUAGGAGCUAAAUUAAUAUGUGGUAUUUAAUAAGUCUCUCCAAAAAUAUGAAGUAGAUAUAUCGUUUAUAUCCUAAAAGGCUAAAAGCUUAUAAUUAUCUUAAAUUGAAAGAUAAAAUCUUCUUAAUUUAUACAUCAAAGAUAACGCUAACAAGUUACAAGAUCAAAUAUUGAAAUUAGUAAAGAAGAAAAAAAUAGAAUGGACUGUGCAAAAAAAUAAAAUCGUUGGAGGUGGAGGAGCUUGUUGUAGCAAAUAAUACGAAUCAGAUCAAAUAAGCAUAAAUCCAAUGGAAGCUAAAAUAUAAAUUUAUAAAGAAAUAGAUAUUAACCUUAAAAUAGAUAAAAAUUUUUAGAAGGUAUUCAAUAUGCAUGUUAUUUAAGCAAAUUUAGAUAGUAAUUAGAUGAAAAAAUUAAUACAAAAUGGAGAACAAGCACAAACAAUCAAAAUAUUGUUAUAAAAUUUGAAUCUUAUUAAAUAUCAAUUAACCAACAAAAUAAACGAUUACAGAGUUUAUGUUAUCUAAAUAUUUAAUCUAUGUUUUUAGCAUUUUAUAAGUGGAGUUGAUCAUAUUUCAACGCAAGAUCAAUUCUAAAUAAAUGAAAUAUUGUAAGAAUUUAUUAAUCAUUUGAAGCAAUCAAUUUUUGCUUAUCCAUGCUUAGAUUUGUUCUACUUAUUUUCCUUCUUACAAGCUAUUAACGAAAAGGAUUUUAACAAAACAAGCAAAUUUAAUUAAAUUCAACUAAUAUCUCAAUUUUUUAGUUUGGAUAUGGAAGGAAGUAUUUUUGAAAAAAAAGUUUAAUACUGUGACUAUUAGUUCCAAAAAGUUCUAACAGCUAAGGAACAAGCAAAACAAAGUAAUAAACAAGAACUUGUUUAGUAUUUAUAUUAUGCAGCCUUUUCAACUCCUAAAGAUAAAACAGUAAAAAUAUGGGAGAUUAUUGAUAAAGUAGAUAAAAAAAUAUAAACAAAUAAGGACAUAAUAGUUCGUUAAAUUGGAGCGUUAUUUGCUGAGAAAAAAUAAUAUUUUUGCUCCUAUCCCUUUGAAGAAUUUUCUUUUUACUCUAAAAAAUUUAUCUAGCUAAGUGAAAAUUCAACUUCUAGCUAACUAUCUAUUUAUCUAUUGCAGCAAAUCAGCUACAUAUUAGAAAAGUAUUAAAACGAAAAUAGAGAUGUAGAUAUUUCUUAGAGAUAUUACAUACUAAAUGAAGAUUAAAGCUAUGAUAUUUUUAUUAAAAUGCUUUAGCAUUACUAAUUGUAAGAAAAUCCCUCUGAAAAUUUUUUACUUUAUUACAAGUUCUCUUUUUAAGAUAUUUAUUUCAGGUUCCUCUCAAAUAAAAUCCUAUUACAACUUUAUAGCUUAAAUAUAAAAAAAGAACAAAUAUGGGUUCCUCUCAUAUAUGCUUACGCAACUGAGAAAAACUAGUCUAUUAAAAUUUUGUUUUACAAAAAUUAAAACUUUAUUCAGGAUCUUAGAAAAGAAAUAGAUGACAAUUAGAAGAGUUUUGCUCUCUAAUAAGUAAUUUAAUACAAAUAAUUUAGGAUUUAAAAUCUUUUGGGUAAUCAGAUAUAAUAGGAAGAAAUAUUUGAUUUGGAGGAAGAAUUCUUAGAUUAAUAAGAUUUGAUUGAGAAAUUAGAUUUUAGCUUAAUAGAAAAGUGGUAUUUAGAUACAAAGCACGAAUUUGAUGAAAGAAUAGCAAGUUAAGAUGAAAAAGAAAUUAAUGAGUUAUAUAUAGAUUAAUACUUCAUAUUUUUAUCUGGAAACUAAUCAUUUUGUUAGCAAUAAAAAUAAGAAGAAGAAAAUUUAAUGAAUACCAAAAGUGCUAUUUCUAUUAUUCAAGAUAAUUUUUUGACUUAAGAUCCUGGCAUGAAUAAAAAAUGCAAAAUAUUAGGCAUCACAGCAUAAGGAGGCUCUGGAAAGUCUAUUCUACUCUAAAAAUUGUAAGCAAAUUUAAUGAAGUAAAAAUGGAAUCCAUAUUAACAAAGGUGUAAUGGCCAUACAGACAAUAAAUUUAAUAAAAAUAAUGAGAAUAACUAUGUUAUACCUAUUUUUAUUAAAUUCAAUGACUUAAGUGUAAAGAAUCCUUCUAUCAACAAUUACCUGCUGAGUAUGAAUUUAGAUAAAAAAUAAAUUAAACUUUUGAAGGAAACAAAAUAAUAAAAGCUAAUCUUAUUAGAUGGAUAUGAUCAAUAUCAAGGAGAUUACAUGACGAUUUAUUCUUAGUUAGAGUUGGAGGAAUGGAACAAUACCUAUAUUAUUAUAACUUCAAGACUAGAAGGAUUCACAAUUGAUGAUGCUUGUACUUAUUUUAGUCAAGAGGAUGAAUUUGGAAGAGUAGACUUAUCAUCUUACUGUUUAGUUGAAUUUAAGAAUUUAAAAUAAAAAGAUAUAAUUUACUACUGCAAUCUGUGGGAUGUUUCAAUGCAAAAUAGAUCAUAAAAUUAAGUUACAGAUAAUUAAAACGAUAAGAUAACUAAUGAAAAGUAAGGCCAGCUUAUUUAAAAAAUACAAAAGUGCUUUUAAAAUAAUUAGCUUGAGUCUAUACUUUACUAACCUUUAAGUAUUCACUUUUUAGUGAAGAUAAUAUAUAGCAAAAAUAUAGAGGAUAUAGAUACUUUGUUAAGUGAUUUAAAUGAAUAGAUUUUAAUUGUAGAUUUUUUUUUCAAAGAAUAUUUCUAAAAAGAGGCAGAAAACUUUAUGAGCUAAAAUAUAUUGGAUGUAAAGAAUCCUAUGCUAAGCUAUAGCAUUACAAACUAAUUCUUUGAAUUCUUUUAAAAUAUAGCUAUGUAAAUGUUUAUUUCGAAAGAAAAGUAUAAUAACUAUUUAAAGUUAGAUUAUCAGCAGAUGAGGUUUACUAUUUCAUAGAAUGUCUUUCAAUCUUUACAAGAUCCUUCGAAGAUUUAAGCAUUGGAAUUAGCACUUAAAUAAAAACUAUAAAAUUUAAUAGACCAAGGGCAAAUAUUAAGAUUAACUAACAAAGAACAUUAAAACUAAAGAGAACAAACUACAAAUCCAAAAGAAUAUGUUGAGUUUACAAGCAAAUAUCUUUAUGAGUAUUUUUCUGCUCGAGCUAUGAAAUGGGAUUUUGAUUUUCAUGAAGAAAAUAUAUAUGCUCUUGAUAUUUUGAAAUUGGAAAAGUUUAAUAUCAACAAAAAGAUUAUUAUGAAUCCAGGUGUUAAGUAGUCAGAGCAGUAAAUCAUCUUUAAAUUCUAGCAGCUCAUUAAACAUUUAAUAUAGUCAAAUGAUUUUUAGGAGACUUACAUAAACCAAGAAAUCUCCAAGAAUAAUAGAUAUAUUUAGUAUAUUAAAAGAUCAAAUAUUUCUAAAAGUACGGAAAUAAGUAAAAUAGAUAUUGGCUCUUCUAACAUGCUAUCUAUUUUAUUUUCAUCAAAGUUUGCUUUCCCUUUUCUCAAUCUUUAGAAAUGUUCUUUCUCUAGAGCUUACAUUCCUUUUAGCAAAAGUAUAAAUAUAAAUUUCUAAUAGUGCAAUUUAGAGAAUUCUUAUAUUGAUAAGUUUAAUCUCCCUUGCUUUGAGACUUCAAAUUUAAAGAAUGCAAUAUCAGAUUAGUUUUAGAAGGUGUUUGACUUGCAGAAUAUUUUUUCGUUUAAAGAUAUUGUUUUCUUCAAAAACAGCAUUUUGAUUACAAUUAGUGAAACUGGAUUUAUUAACAAAUUUGAUGCAUAAAAUAAUUGCAAAAAUAUAAACCUAAUAAAAUCUAAGCAAAUAACUUGUGGAUAAUUAUAAAACAUUUACAUGAUAAAUAGCAACUAAUCACUACUUGCAUCUACUAAACGAACACUUUUUCAAAUUAACCCUAAUACAUUUGAAACACAGAAUACUUUUACAUUUUCUGAGGAAAUAGUCAAAAUCUCAAUAUGCCAGGAUCAAUAUGUUGUUACCCUUGAAGAUCAAACUAAAUUCUAUGGUAAUAUCUAAAAUGGUUUAAUUAAUUUAGAUAAAAAUUUAAUAUAAGGUACAUUUUCUUUACUUACAAAAGACUAUAUAAUAACCUAAAAUGAAAACAUAUUAAAUAUGUACAGUUUAUAAUAGAAUUUAUAAUUGAUAAUUUCUAUUCCGUUUGAAAAGAAUGCUUUACUCAAUUCAGCAAUUUCAAAAAAUGGUAAAUAUAUUGCAACGAUAUCGGAAGGUAUAAAUAUCAAGGUAUGGGAUUUAGAAAAUGAAUGUAAACUUGUUUAACAAAUCUAAGGUCAUACUGAUAAUAUUUUAUCUAUAGCAUUUACCUCAGAUGUCAAAUACCUAGCUACAGCUUCAAUGGAUAAAACAUGCAAAAUAUGGAAUUUAGAGAGAGGGUUUUAACUUAUUAAAACUUUAGAAGGACAUACUACUCCAAUCUCUACAGGGGCUUUUUCAGAUGAUGGAAGAUUUAUAGCAACAAGUUCAAGCGAAUUCAUUUGCAAGGUUUGGGAUUUUUCAAACGAAUUUCAACUAAUUAAUUCUUUUGAAGCACACUCAGCUCAAAUUUCGUAAAUUGCAUUUUCUAAUAAUAGCAAAUACCUAGCAACAAGCUCAUGGGAUAAAACUUGCAAAAUCUGGGAUAUCAACUAAGGAUUUGAUCUUACUUAUACACUAUAAGGUCAUACAGUUUAAAUAUCCUCAAUUGCAUUUUCUUUUGAUGGAAAGUACAUUGCUACUGGUUCUGGUGACAGCACAAGCAAAAUUUGGAAUGUUGAAAAAUCUUUUGAAUUAAUGCAUACUUUAAAAGGACACACAGGCUAUGUUUCUUCAGUUGCUUUUUCUUUUGAUGGGAAAUACUUUGCAACAGGUUCAAGCGAUACAACAUGCAAAAUCUGGAGUAUUGAGAAAAAAUUUCAAUUACUAAACACAAUUGAAGGCCAUUAAAAAUUUAUUUUUUCAAUUUAAUUUUCUCCAGAUAGUAAAUAUUUAGUUACAGGUUCUUAAGAUUAAAUUUGCAAAAUUUGGGAUGCCUAGAAUUCAUUUGAGUUUAUCACAUCGAUUUAAGGAAAUUUAGUAGCAAUAUCUGGAGAUUGUUAGUAAAUUGCAACAGUUUGUGGAGAUAAAGUGUGCAAAAUCUGGGAUACAACAAAAUAAUUGGAAGUUAUUUAUUCUUUCUAAGCGCAUCAAAGUUAAAUUCGCUCUUUAGCUUACUCUAGCGAUAGUAAAUAUCUAGUAACUUGCUCAACAGAUAAAUCUUGCAAAUUAUGGAAUGUAUAAAAGGGAUAUUAAUUAAAAAAUGUAAUAAAAGAUUUUAGAACAAGUGUGUCUUCUGCUGCUUUUUCGGCUGAUAAAAAAUUUUUAGCAGUAAGUUUUGACGAUAAAACAUUUAAAAUUUGGAAUAUUGAAAAGGAAUUUGAGAUAAUUGAGUCAACGUUAGGUCACACUGAUUCAGUUCUUUCAUCUGUAUACUCAUUAGAUGGAAAAUAAUUUGCCACUGGUUGUGCAGACUCAAAUUGUAGGAUUUGGAAUUCAGAAAAAGGAUUUGAACUAGUUAAAACAAUUAAAGGACAUUCAAAAGAAAUCACAUCAGUAGCUUUUUCUAGAGAUGGAAAGUACUUUGCAACAAGUUCCACAGAUAAAACUUGCAAAAUUUGGAACAUAAAUAACGAUUAUUAACUUAUAUACACUAUAAGCGGACUACUAGAUAUCAAUUCACCUAUAGCAUUUUCUUUAGAUAGUAAAUAUCUGAUAACAAACUAUGAAGACAAAACUUGUAAAGUUUGGAGUGUAAAUAACAAUUUCUAAGUUCUUUACACUAUUCAUGGUCACACAGAUUUUAUCUCAUAAUUUGCUUUUUCAAUGGAUUAAAGAUAUCUUGCUACGGCAUCUAUUGAUUAAACAUGUAAAGUUUGGAAUAUUUGUAAAGAUUUUGAACUUUUUAAGUCACUUUAAGGCCAUUUUGAUUAGAUUUCAGCUGUCAAUUUUUCUCCAGAUAGUUCCUAUUUGAUAACAGGUUCAAAAGAUAAAACCUGCAGAGUUUGGAAUGUUAACAAAGGUUUUGAAUACACAAGUUUGAUUGAAGGUCAUAAAGACUAGAUUAAUUCAAUUGAUUUCUCAAAAGAUAGCAAAUAUUUAGCUACUGGUUCUGCUGAUUAAACAUGUAAAAUAUGGAAUAUAGAUAAGGGGUUUCUUCUGAUAAAUACUAUUUUAGGGCAUUUUGAUGUUAUUUCAUCUGUUUAAUUUUCAUUAAACAGUAAAUAUAUUAUAACAAGUUCUUGGGAUUCAACUUGCAAAAUUUGGAAUUUUGAAAAAGGAAUACAGUUUAUCAAUAUGCUGGACAAUCUAUCUUUAAAUUAAAAGCCAUAUGCGCUCUCUUAAGAUAGAAAAUAUUUGGCAAUUUGCUGUGAUAAUAAAGCUUGCAAGAUUUGGAAAUUACAGAAAUAAAUUUAGUUGAUAAAUACAAUAAAUUAUAACUAAGGUAAUAUUUAACAAAUAGCUUUUUCUGCUGACAGUAAAUUCCUUGCAACUAGUAAUGGAGAUAUGUAAUGGAAAAUAUGGGAAGUAAACAACCAAUUCACAUAAAAAAAUUGCAAUAUAGAAUGUAGUAAUAAUUAAGAUAUGAAUGAAAUAUUCUUUAUAGUUAAUAAUGAUAAAUAGGGUUUCUAAUAGCAAGAGAAGGUUAUCUUUAAUAUAAGAGAAUAAAAUAAAAAUUUGUCAGAUUUAAAGAAUAUGGAAAUCUUCGAAUAGAUAUUUCAAAUAUGA